AUGGGUCGCAAGAGGCUGUUGAUCAAGAGAAUUGACAACCCUUGUUCUCGUCAAAUAGCUUAUUCAAAACGCGGGAAAGGCAUUCUCAAGAAGGCCACUGAAUUAUCAACGUUAUGUGGUGCUGAUGUUGGCCUUUUGAUGUUUUCUCCUACAGGUUCGAGGAUAUCUUUCUUCGUUAUAUGGACCGGCAUGAUGAUUUCAGUAGUUCUUGUACGAAAGCCUGAAACAUUUGAAGGAGGGUUUGAUGUCCCUUUGUAUCUAUCUCUUUCUCUCCAAACAUGCACAUUUGCAUGCUUAUACACACAGACAGAUGAAUUUAUGACUCUUGAGAGAAAACUCUGUGAACUAAACUGGAAAAUAUAUGAAGCUCAGGAGAAGAUGAGGUCAUAUAGUCCAGAUGUGUCCAAUAUCUACUCAAUUGCUGAAGCUCAACACCACCAGCAAUUUGUUACCAAGGCAAUUCAACGAAUUGAAAAGUUCAAAAAGACAAAGCUGCUUGAGAAAGAGACUUCACCUUCACUGUAA